AUGGACAUCUCCGAUACCACCCUGAUAUCGCGAAUGGAAGCAUUCGUAAUAAGGCAAAUGCAAGACCACGACCCGUCCCAUAACCCAGCGCACGUCACCCGUGUCGUCCGCCUAGCCCACCGCCUCCUCGCAUCAGAGCGCAGCCGAGGAACCAAAGUCCACUACAACGAGACAAUAAUCACACUGGCCGCCCUCCUCCACGACAUCGGAGACAGGAAGUACCUCCCGCCAAACAGCACCGAAGACCCCACGACGAUCGUCCGGGAUACUCUGGUGAAAAGCGGCAGCGAUCCGCUCUUGGCCCAGAAGGUCCAAACCAUCGUCUCUAACGUCUCCUACAGCACAGAGAUCAAGAAUCCUGGCCUCUCGGAGCGUCUGAUACAUCAGGAUGGUUACCCAGAGCUCGCCAUCGUGCAGGAUGCGGAUCGUCUGGAUGCGAUAGGUGCAGUGGGGGUCGGGAGAUGCUUUACAUACCUAGGUGCCAAAGGCCCACCGCUUGGUGCGAACGGACCUCUGCACUGGGAACUCGAUGAGGCGAUCGAGCAUUUUAGGGGAAAAUUGGUGAAUCUAGAAUUGAAGAUGAAAACUGAUUCCGGGCGCAGUAUGGCUAGGAAACGAACGUUGAGAUUACGGGAGUUUGUGCAAUGGUGGGAAGAUGAGAUGAAAGAAGUCCAGGAGGGCAUAGCACUGGGUACAGCUGUGCCUCGGUCAAGACCCUCCAAAGUGUCAGCAUGA